UUACAGAAAAAUUAUCUUUUUUGCACUCUCAAGUCUUAUCACAAAGGAAUGGCCAAAAAAACUCCCUUCGCUUUGCUUUUUCUCUUCUUCUUCUUCCCUAGUUUCACUCAUCCUCAAAACCUAAAUUUCACCUUCAAUGGCUUCAACGAAAGUGAAACAAGUCUUACCUUGAAUGGAGCUACCAUUUUGAAGCCUACUGGUGCACUUAGACUCACUAACCAAACAACAAAUACCCAAGGCCAUGUAUUCUAUUCAAAACCAAUACAAAUGCUACAACAAAAUUCUUCAAAUGCCUCUUCUUUCAGCACAAAUUUUGUUUUUGCAAUAGUAACCCCCAGCUCUGGUGAAGGCGGCUACGGCCUGGCCUUCACCUUAUCCCCUUCUCCAGACUUCUCCGGAGCUGAAACCGGUCAAUACAUGGGAAUCUACAACUCAUCUAAUGAAGGUAAACCCUACAACCAUGUCUUUUUAGUCGAAUUUGAUACUGUAAAAGGAUUCGACCAGAAAUCCGAAGAAGAAGCAAACCAUGUUGCAAUUGGCAUCAAUGGCGUGUUAUCAAAGGAAUUAGAACCGGCUUCGUAUUACUCCACUGACAGAGGAAUUAAGAAAGAGAUGGAUUUGGACAGCGGCGAUCCCAUCCAGGCCUGGAUAGAAUACGACGGUGUUCAAAAGAAAGUGAAUGUUACAAUUUUCCCUAUAAAUAUAACGAAACCAAACAUACCCCUCAUUUCCUUUGACAUCGACCUAACAUCCGUCGUGAAGGAAACCAUGUACGUCGGCUUCUCUGCCUCCACAGGGCAGAAGAGGACGAGCUCUCAUUACAUCUUAGGAUGGAGUUUUUCCACAAACGGUACCGCUGUGCCCCUUGAUACGGACCAACUGCCUCCACUUCCGCCGAUAGAGAAAAACUCUCCUGUUACUGAUCCCAAAAUCAUUGCUUUAACAGCAGCCUUAGCGGUUGUGAUUGUCAUAUUAUUUGGAAUGUUAAUAUUCUUUACAUGUUGUAAACGGACGGUGAAGUUUCAUGAGGAUCUUGAAGAUUGGGAAUUGGACUGUCCUCACAGGUUUCAGUACAGGGAUCUUUAUACAGCAACUAAGGGGUUCAAAGACAGUGAGAGAAUCGGAAUUGGUGGAUUCGGCACCGUCUUCAGAGGGGUAUUACCCACAACCGGAGCUGAGGUCGCCGUUAAAAGGAUCACUCGGAAUUCAAUCCAAGGGAUGAGGGAAUUUGCGGCCGAGAUUGAAAGCUUGGGAAGGUUAAGGCAGAAGAAUUUAGUCAAUCUCCAGGGAUGGUGUAAGAAGAAGAAUGAUCUUCUUUUGAUCUAUGAUUACAUUCCGUAUGGAAGCCUUUACUCACUCCUAUUCGAACCCAGAAAUGGUUUCGUUCUGAGCUGGGAACAGAGAUUCAUCAUCAUCAAAGGCAUUGCUUCCGGACUUCUGUAUUUACAUGAAGAAUGGGAGAAAGUAGUGAUCCACAGAGACGUUAAGUCCAGCAAUGUCCUAAUAGAUGCUGAUUUGAACGCCAGGUUGGGUGACUUCGGUCUUGCAAGGUUGUAUGAUCACGGUACAAUGUCUCACACUACCCAAGUAGUUGGUACAAUUGGGUAUAUUGCACCGGAAUUGGCUCGAAACGGGAGGGCCUCUACCAGCUCGGACGUUUUCGCUUAUGGGGUUUUACUCCUUGAAGUGGCUACAGGAAGAAAGCCGACAGACCGUUCAAGCAACUUCUUGUUGGUUGAUUGGGUGAUAGAGUACCAGCAAAUGGGUGCGAUUGUUGAUACGGUGGAUCCUAAAUUGGGGUCAGAUUAUGCAUUUGAUGAGGUGAAUUUGGUUCUACAACUGGGUCUUCUCUGUACACAUCAGAAACCGGAGUUUAGGCCACGGAUGAGACAGGUUUUGCGGUACCUGAACGGAGAUGAUCGGCUUCCUUCUCCUUCGAUUCAGAGCUGGGGUUCAUAUGAUUCUCGGGAGGAAGUGUACUCAAGAUUCUUGGAAGGAAUUUCGUCUGAUACAAUCAAAAGAACACCAUGUCGAUCUUCUUCCUUUAGUUGUUUCUCUCUUAGUUCUCUAGAAACUGCCAGAUAAUUAAUUAAUAUCAACUUCAAAACUUCUUCUAUUCCCUUAUUUGUAAUUUUCCUUAACUUGAUUCAACUUCUCUUUGUAUAGGUUGAAUUCAACCGGGAUAUUAAACUUUUUAAUUUAAG